AUGGACAAGAGUAACCACACAGCUGGUGCCACCAUGGAGUUCUUGCUGCUUGGCUUCUCAGACCUGCUCUGCCUGCGGGCCCUCCUCUUCUUCAUCUUCCUGAUGGUGCACUUGGCCACGCUUGCAGGAAACCUCCUCAUCCUGCUGGCUGUAACUACUGAGCCCUCCCGCCCUCCGAUGUUUUUUUUCCUCUGUCAACUCUCUGCGAUUGAACUCUGCUACACCCUUGUCAUUGUUCCCAAGACACUGGCUGACCUUGCGAACCCAGGGGGAAGCACCAUCUCCUUUGCUGGCUGCGCUGCCCAAAUGCAUUUCUUUGUGGCUCUGGGAGGGGCCGAAUGCUUCCUCCUGGCAGCCAUGUCUUAUGAUCGCUAUGUGGCCAUCUGCCAGCCCCUGCACUACACGGUCAUGAUGAGCCAGGCCUUCUGCCUUCAGCUCGCCAUGCUGUGCUGCCUUGGGGGCUUUGCAGUCUCCCUAGGGCUGACGGUGGCGGUCUUCCGCCUGCCUUUCUGCACCUCCCACCACAUUGAUCAUUUCUUCUGCGAUGUUCCUGCUCUGCUCCACUUGGCCUGCACAAAGAGCUACACCAGCGAGCUGCCCCUUCUCGCAGCCUGCGUGCUCCUCCUCCUGCUCCCCUUUCUGCUCAUCCUCACCUCCUACACCUGCAUCACAGUAGCUGUGAUGCAGAUCCGUAACUCGGCUGGCCGAGGCAAAGCUUUCUCUACAUGUGCCUCGCACCUGGCUGUCACGCUCUUGCACUAUGGUUGUGCCACCUUCAUGUAUGUCCGGCCCAAGUCCAGUUACUCACCAGGUCGGGACAAGAUGGUAUCUCUUGUCUACACCAAUAUCACUCCCUUGCUCUACCCUCUGAUUUACAGUCUCAGGAACAAAGAAAUCAAAGGAGCCAUGAGGAAGCUGUUGCGGAAGAGAUUAGCUCAUCCGCACUGGAACACCUUCAGUAGCAAACCUGCACAAUUCAUUUCUCAGUUUAUGGCCCAGCAGCCAUAA